UGUGAACCAGUGCACGCCGCUUCGACCUUGGAGAGAGCAUGAGCCCGGACGAUGUCGCUCCUGUGCAGCUGCCGGUGUUUGUGGUGCGGGAUCGGGUGCUUUUCCCCGGAGGCCUGCUGAGGCUAAGCGUGGGCAAGCCCCAGUCGGUGCGGCUGGUGGAGUCCCUCCUCGGCACCCGAGAGGACGGCCUCCACCGACACGCGAACGGGGGGGGCAGCGGAGGAGGACCUACCAUCCUCGUGGCCAUAUUCACACAGAGGGUCGGCGCUGUUGACGAGGAGAGGUCGGCAUCCGAUGACGUCGCGAUUUUCCGAGACCAUCAGCAGCGGCCGGGGGCGGGCGGCGGCGGAGGCGGAGGCAGCGGAGGCGGCGAGGGCCGCAUCCUCAGCACCAUGAGCCGCGUCGGGUGUGCCGCCAAGGUGGUGCAGAUGGGGAGGGUCACUGGCAACGAAACGUUCAAGGUGAAGGCGCUGUCGCUGAACCUCCGAGAGGCGGCCCAGGCCCUGCUCGAGGUGCUCAAGUCACGCAGCCACCCCAGGGCGAUGAACGCGAGGGAGAUACUCGACGCUGUGUCGGCGGCGUCCCCCGGAGCCGUCGCGGAUGUCCUGGCCUCGAGCAUCAACAUCCCCACGAACCAGAAGCAGGCGAGAAUCGUCUCGUGUGGUGCCAUUCUUGAGGAAACCUCGCUCGAGAAGAGGCUGCGGCGGGUGCUGGAACUCGUGCGUGAGCAGACGCGGAUUCUCUCGAUCGCCAGCAAGAUCAACUCGGAGGUGGAGGGAAAGCUCAACAGCCGGCACAGGGAGUACUACCUCCGGCAGCAGCUCAAGGCCAUCCGCUCUGAGCUCGGCGAAGAGGGAGGAUUGAGCGAGGGCGACGAGGUGGCCGCGCUGGAGGCCAAGCUCGAAGCCGCCGGCCUUCCGCCGGAAGCCUCAAAGGUCGCCAAGCGAGACCUGUCGAGACUCAAGAGGAUGCAGGCCUCUCAGCCAGAGUACACGGUUAUCCGGACGUAUCUGGAGACCGUGUCGGAGCUGCCGUGGAACCGUGUGUCGGAGGAAACGUACGACAUCCGUCGCGCGCAGCUACAGCUAGACAAGGACCAUUACGGGCUCAACAAGGCCGAAAGUGCCAGCAUUGUGUCAUU